GGAGGGGGCGUGGCCAUAACCUGCCCCGUGGCUGGUCCUGGCCCCCGGGCGCCUCCCGCGGGACUCGAAGAUAUGGGCGCCACCUGGGGAAACCCCGGGUGGGUGCGGCUCGCUCUCUGCCUGGCCGGCUUGGCGCUGUCCGUCUACGCGCUGCACGUGAAGGCGGCGCGCGCCCGGGACCGGGACUACCGCGCGCUCUGCGACGUGGGCACCGCCAUCAGCUGUUCGCGCGUCUUCUCCUCCAGAUGGGGUCGGGGCUUCGGGCUGGUGGAGCAUGUGUUGGGACAGGACAGCAUCCUCAAUCAAUCCAACAGCAUAUUCGGCUGCAUUUUCUACAUACUGCAACUGGUGUUAGGCUGCCUGCGGGCACGCUGGGCCUCCAUCCUGCUGAUGCUGAGUUCCCUGGUAUCGAUCGCUGGUUCUGUUUACCUGGCCUGGAUCCUGUUUUUCGUGCUCUAUGAUUUCUGCAUCGUUUGCAUCACCACGUACGCCAUCAACGUGGGCCUGAUGUGGCUUAGCUUCCGGGAGGUCCCGGAACCCAAGGUCAAGGCCAAGGGGCACUGAGCCCUCACCCAAACCAGGCUGGCCUCGUCUGCUUUGCUUGGCACGUGAGCCUGCCCCGGGGGGCCUUGUCUAGGUCCCUGGGAGGCACUGCCUCCCUCGCCCACCCCCACAGACCCCACCACCACCACACACACAGGAUAAUGGACCAAAUGUGCCCCCAACUGUGUCUUCAAGGGCUGGUUUCCUGCCAUGGCCCAGGGAGGGAACGUUUUCAGCAAUAAAAUUUCUUAACUACA